CUGGACGGAGGUAGAGCCAGAGCAGAGCCAGAGAGGACUCAGAGCAUCACCGCCCGGCGACUGUGAUAACGUACCCGUUCUUCUCCCUUGCUCUUUCAUUUAUUUUAUUAUCAUUAUUAUUUAUUUCAUAGACACGUCAGAGUGAUUUCUGCAACUCUUGCCGCUCGACUCGCGCACCCAGCCAUCGUCCCUCAUCUCCAGUGGUCUCGCGUCCGUCAUCCCGGUGUCUUGAAUGCGUCGUCCGGCUGCAGCGGUGUUCGCGGUGCUGACCGCCUGGCUCUGGUGCGGACCUCCUCUGUGCGCGUCGGCGGCGGUGCUGAGGGGCCGGCAGCUCAAUGACCGUCCGAUCAUCGGUGUGUUGGCGCAGGAAAAUCGUGACCGUGAUCUGUUCGCUCGUGGCUCCUCUUACAUCGCUGCCUCCUACGUUAAAUAUUUGGAGGAAGCCGGAGCCAGGGUUGUGCCAAUCAGAAUAAACCGCACCGCAGAAGAAUAUGGCAAGCUGUUCUCCUCAAUAAAUGGGUUGUUGCUGCCUGGAGGAGAUGUGGACAUUCAGACGUCGCAGUUCAGUCGAGCCGCCAGGAUCUUUUACAACUUGGCCCUGAAGGCCAAUGAUGCUGGAGACUACUUCCCUAUCUGGGGAACUUGCCAGGGCUUCCAGCAGCUGUCCGUCCUCACAGCCAACAAAAACCUGCUCACGCUCACUGAUACCAAGGCUGUGGCUCUACCUCUGACUCUCACACCAGCGGCCCAGUCCAGCCGUUUGUUCCGGAGCUUUCCCAAAGAUCUGCUGCACUCUCUGGUUAAUGAGAACAUCACUUCCAACUUCCACAGCUGGAGUUUGUCCCUGCAGAACUACAGCAGAAACGCCAAGCUGAAGAGGUUUUACAAGGUCCUGUCCACCAACACUGAUGGAAAGAAAGAAUUCAUUUCCACCAUGGAAGCCAACCGCUACCCGUUUUACGCCGUGCAGUGGCAUCCGGAGAAAAGUCCCUUUGAGUGGAUACAGAAGUCGGGCAUGGUCCACACCAGCUCUGCUAUAAAAGCGUGCUUCUACACCGCCAGCUUCUUUGUCUCUGAAGCCAUGAAGAGCAACCACCAUUUCUCCAAUCCUGAUGAGGAAGAGAGAGCUCUCAUUUACAACUUCUCCCCGGUCAAAGGAGAAAAGGACGCAAUCUUUGUGCAGACCUAUUACUUUGAUUGAUGGACGUCUUUGCCCGAACCGAACCAGGAGGAGUCGUCCCUUACCGUAGCCUCCCUAAGUCCCCAAUGCAGCAGAACAGCGAUGAAAUGUGGUAAAAAUUAUGGCAGAAAUGCCAAAAUGCAAUCCAAAAAACCCACGAAAAAUACCAAAACAAAAUCCAAAUGGAAAAAUUAUAAUACAGUUCAGAAGGAAUUCAAUUGUGCCAAAAUAUUUACACAGCAAAUUGCAUUUAAACCUAGGUUACAGUGUUCAAACAAAAGGGCACAUCAUAAAUGGUUCAGUGUCAAAUUGAACUUUACAUUUUGCAACAGCAAAAUGUAUCAAAAUUAAUCAGAUUUUAGUUUGGUUCCAUUUCCGUGGAGCCUGUCUUCCAUUAAAAUGCCGCUAAGCUGUUCAUAUUCUCCCUGUGAUUACUCAGUACAUUUAGUUGCGCACUACUAUUCCAUUAUGAAUUUAUAUAUUCAGAAUAAUAAUAUGAUCAUGUUAAUAGCACAUUCAUAUUACUCCGAAUUAAGCCCUGUCGUUAUAGUAGAAUUGUCUAAUUAAGACAUGUGAGAUAUGACAAUAUUAUUAAUAAUGUUCAAAUGAUUUAAUAAUAUUCUGUCAUUGCAACACAUGAUGGAGGUCGUGCCCACCACCGGUGGAAAACCUUCGGGGCAAAGGCAAAAGGUGGAAUAUUUUGUGCAUGUAAAUGUAGUGAUCAUCUUCAGUCCAGCACCACUGAUUUUUUUAAAGGCUUUAAUGUCUUAAAACCAACAUUAUAGAAGCUUCAUUUGAUGUUGAAGAAUCGUGGCUUGCUAAACAUUACGAACUUAAGAUAAAUGAUAUAUCUAAACAUGCAAUUAGACAUCCAAGCCUGUGUUAACAUUAGCAUUAUUAGUAUUCCAAAAACAAAUGAGAUUGUGAAUUUGUGAACAGAUACCUUUGCUGAUAUUUCCCUCCUUGAAGACCAAGCGAUCAGUGAGAAGUUAAUUAAAUUUGUUUGUUUUAACUAAUCUGGGACCAAUCAUAUCCAGCUCCAGUUGUUGCUCCUCUCACUGACCUAUUACCCAGAUAUAAUUUUAAUGACAUAUUUAAUCUGUGUUGAAACGUAGUGUGAGCAAACAACAUCUGAACUAGGGAUUGGACAACUUCGGAUUUUUUGAAGUUGGCUAAUACGUGGUCAACUAGUCGAUGGUGUAACAGAUUAAAGCACAGUAGAAAGCAAUGCAACAAUGAAAUCUUGACCUGAAUUCAUGUUGUAGUGUUCCACACAAAAUAAGCUACGGUGGCUUUUCUGCAGGUUGAUUGAAGCUUGAACACGGGCUGCUAUCGGCCGUAGCCCAGCACCAUAAACACCGUCGGUCUGACAAUUUUAAUACGUGGUUUCUGCUCUGCAAAAAAACAAACAAAAAAAAAAAACGCUUUACAACCACAGCAAUACUAAAAGAAAAAAAAAAGCUAAAAAGCGGCACAGUCAAUAGCAUUUAAUAGUACUUAACAGUGUAUUGUAAGACAGGAUAAUGUAGCUGUGAUUAAAAAAAAAAUAAUAAAAAUUAAGCUCUUUGUGUAGAAGCUAAAGAUCUAAUAACUUUAGACUGUGAACUCAGUAAAUUGUUGCAGCCUCCUUCUGAAGUUGUUAUUUGCCGUUUAGAGGAUUUGGAUCGUUCCUCUGCUAGGAUGCCUUUUCAGAUGAGCGUGCUUUCCAGUCGUACUUUUGUUGCAUUUCAGGACUGGCUUACAUAUUCUGCAUGUCUCCAUAGUGUGGGCUUCAUCUUUAUAGAAGUAUUUCCACACACUUGAUGAAUGGCUUCUAGUUUGCUGCAAAGACCCACUGGGCUCCUCACCUUAGCACCUCAUCUUUUAGGAGGCGUCCCAGCAGUAAAGUCGACUAGUCGGUAUACAACCCCUAGUUUGAGCACCUCACGUCAAAAUGUCACAACUAACUGCUGUUUCAGUAUCAGCGUGAAACAAUGAAUGUGUCUCUUGAACGUUGCGACUUUGCUGCGUCCGUUUCUUCUUAAUGCUCUUUCCUUAUGUAGUGGCUUCAUUUUCAGCACACCAACUUCUUCAUCCCGCAACGUAUUCCAGGCGCACAUCAUCAGCAUACAGUAGUGUAACUCCUUUCAACCUGGAUUAAAAGUACAAUGAAUCUUUCUACAACUACCAUCUGUUCAUUCACUCCCUAUCUAUUCCUGCUAAAGUCUUAAGAGAGAGUUCAUCUAUACGUGCAAUACGUGAUUGUAUUACUGUGUGUCUGUCUUUAAAUAUUUUAUUCUAUCAAGAAAUAUCAUAUUUUUUUAUAGUGCACUGUCAGAAAAUGUUACAUAUUUCUAUAAAAAAACUAUUAUUACUUUCGGUUCUGCAUCACUUUGUCAGCCUAAUGACACCACUUUGUAUAAAAGGAGACGAAAACCUGGAAAUGUUAGAGGUAUGUUCCUUGUACAAAACGUGGCUGAAACGGAACAGUUUACCAGGUUUUCAAAUGCACCUUUGCAGAUUGUUCAAUGGUUUGUAAUGAUUUCUUUGUGUAAUGACAUUUUUCUCAUUUUCUUCAUUAGCAAACCUUCUAAAACUGUUGUAACAAACCAAUGAGGGCCAGCAUUUUAGUUUUUUAAGGUUAUUUCUUUCUUCUUAUUAAGAUCUUCGCUUAUUUUGAACUAUUGAACUUUGUGUUUUCGUUUUUCUGCGGCCAGAUUUGUCUUCUACUAAAGGGCAUAAAAUAAAAAUAACUUGGUGAAUCAGAGAACUCAUAUUGUCACCCUGUUGUUAAUGACGCCAGAACAUAAUGGGCCUUAUUCUCGUUCAAAUCUCACUUUGGAACAUUCUGUCUUUUAUUUACCAAGUUCAUCUCAGUGGCUUUGGACACGCUCACACUGAACAACUGAUUGUACAAGUUGCUGUCUUGUUUGUGUGACCAUGUGUCAGACAAUUAGACAAUAAAGAGAUACGACCAUA